UCAAUAAAGGAACACGAGCGGUCACGAGUGUACCAUACGAUUCUUCAGAUAUGGCGUUCCGGGUUGUGAUAUUUCAAGGGAGUUGUCGCAAUGGCCGGAUGGGUGACAGGGUGGUCCAGAUGGUAUCCAAUGCGUUGACGACGAGGAAGCAUACUGUCACCGUUCUUGACCAAAAAGAGCUAGAAGGACAAGACGUAUCACUGCUAAAACAGCCACUGCAUUUCUACCCGGAUCCCACCCAGGCGCCAGAAAUUCUCCAAAGCCUCAACAGCAAGAUCCAAGAAGCGGACGCCCUAGUUUUCGUCACUGCCGAGUACAACGCCACCUGUCCGCCAGGCCUGUUGAACCUGAUUGACCAUUUUCCGCCGGCGUCGUUCGCCUAUAAACCGUCCAGCAUCAUCGCAUAUUCUAUGGGGCCAUUCGGAGGAAUACGUGCCGCCGCGGCGCUGCGUCCCGUCUUAUCGGAAAUCGGCACCGUGAGUGUCCAGUCGCAGGUCGUGAUUCCAACAGUCCAAGAUGCCCUGUCAGAGGCCGGGGAACCCACCGAGAGGGUCGCGAAGAAUCUUAAGAAAUGUCUGGAUAGUCUCGAGUGGUACGCGGAUGCUUUUAAGAUGAAGAAAGCUAGAAGUGGACUUCCACAGAAUUGACGGACACUGAUCAUGAUACUGGUGUCUUUUGGCGACCGAGUUCCCACCCCUGGUCUUCACACGCGAUCGAGCGGCUGCCCCACUGCCACGCAGGAUCGUGGGGGCUGAUCGGGGCUGGGGCGGGGGAAGAAAUUAGACGUUAAACAUGAUGAACGUUGACAGAAAACAAACGGAAAAGAACAUCAUGCUGUAAAGUCUGUUAGGAGCCGUAUGACAUAAUUUCCCAUUGGUGGGGUUCUUCUUAUUUGUUUAUGGGUAAAUCAUUUUGAGUUGCGUCAAUAUUAUACGUAUUCUGACGUGGUAAACUGUACAUCGUAACACUCCGGUCAGCUGGUUGAAUAAAAAUGCAUUAUUUUACU